CAAUUAGAGUCGGAGCAUCGUCGUUGUCGUUGUGUCAGCAUCAGAGCAAGAGCGAACGCGCACGCAGACGGACACGGACACGGAGCACGGAUAAAACGGGCGAAAGACAAGAAAAACCUACAAGGGCACCGCACAAGAAUAGCUGGUCCCAGUGUGUGAUGUGUUGUAAUGUGUUAUCUCAAAAAAAGAGUGCCUCGAAGGUAGUGUAAAAAGUGUGACCAGCAGCGGUAAAAACCAGAGCAAACCAGAGACUCAAUUAACUGUGAAAACCUGCUGCACACACGCCACACACACGCACGCACGCACACCCUCGCCGAGUGAGAGUGUAGUGGAGAGAGAGUCGCAGAGAGGUAAAGGUGAAGCUGAAGGAGAAGCGCGAACAAUUUGUUGAAUACAACGGUACCGCUCCGUUGCAAGGCGAAAAGCGAAAGUGAAAGGCAGAAGCCAAAGAAAAGCGAACUAAAUUUUAAUACGGCGAAAAGAACUGAAAUAAAACUAGGGGAAAAUUCCAAGAGUGCCCGAACAAACAACACCAACAAACGGGAAAGGGAAAAACGGAGAAAAUUGGCGGCGCAAAAGUUAAAAGGGACAAAGACGAUUAAGCAGCUUGCCAAGGACGAGGACCAACAGCACGAAAGAUAUUUCCACGGUCGACGUGACAACUGCAGGCUGAAAUUGCGACUCUAAUAGAGCAGAGGCCAACACGUCCGGUGUAUAAUAUUUGAAAUCAAAGCGCUAGGGUCCAACCAUGACGGCGAUGCACGUGAAUCACAAGCUCAACAUGCGCACAACGGCUGUCAAGAUGAAGCGGACCCGACAUCCGGCCGCAUCCUGCCCCGAACCGAGUCCAAGUCCAACUACAAGUCCAAGCCCAAGCCCAAGUCACAGUUCGAUGGCCACGGCUGGCAGCAAGUGUCACGGCCAACCGGAAACGGAAGCGGACCAGCGGGCCAAUUGAAGCUCGGUGCAGGGAUGGCACAAACUAAGAUAAUUCAAUCGCGUUUUCUACACAUUUACGGUUUACUUUGCCUCGGUUCCUUGAUGGGUUGCAUUAAAACAAUCGGUGCUUCAAUUGCGCAGCAAACGCUUGCAGAUGCGGAUGCACCAGAUGAAGCUAAAGCUAAAGAGCGGGAAGCGGAAACGGAUGCGGAUGCGGAUGCGGAAGGGGAUGCAAAAGCGGAAACGGAAACGGGAAAGGGAACGAGAGAGCAUACAAAUGGGGACGCGGAAGCGGAUGCCCGCAUCAUGGCAACGGGAAUUUGCAUUAUAAGACUGAUAACAUUAAAGAGAUUUCUAGAGAAUUCCAAAACCGAAGAACACAAUCAAAGGCGCCAGCAAUCAGCAACGUCAGCAGCAUCAGCUGCGCCAGCUGGUGCGACCAGCCCGCGGAGGAGACACCUCCAUUAUCCCGGACAUUCAGCCGUACAACCCGGACACCCGGAGGCGUGUGCCCUGCUAGUGCUCCUGCUGCUCACCAGCCUCUGGCCGGAUUGCUGCGAGUGCCUCCACGGCGGCAGCAACACCGUGAAGACCAAGUACGGCCUGCUGCGAGGCAUCGUUGUCCGCUCCUCGCCGCUCGUGGAGGCCUUCCUGGGCAUUCCCUAUGCAUCGCCCCCGGUGGGCAGUCUCAGAUUUAUGCCCCCCAUAACACCAUCGACGUGGAAAACGGUUCGCAGCGCGGAUCGAUUCUCGCCGGUCUGUCCGCAGAACAUACCCAUACCGCCCAACGGACCGGAGGCGCUACUGGAAGUGCCCCGCGCCCGUCUCGCCCAGCUGCGCCGCCUGUUGCCGCUGCUGAAGAACCAAUCGGAAGACUGCUUAUACCUAAAUAUCUAUGUGCCCUACGAGACGCGUCGCCAGAGACGUAACACCGAUGAUACCACCGGCGAACCGAAGACCAAACUGUCCACGGUGGUGUUCAUCCAUGGCGAAUCGUACGACUGGAACUCAGGAAAUCCCUACGAUGGCUCCGAGCUGGCUGCCCACGGCAAUGUCAUCGUCGUGACAAUCAAUUUCCGUUUGGGAAUCUUUGGAUUCCUUAAGACCGGCGGCAAGGAGAGUGCCCAGGGAAACUUCGGACUGAUGGACCUGGUGGCGGGUCUUCACUGGCUCAAGGAAAAUCUGCCGGCAUUUGGCGGGGAUCCUCAGAGCAUCACACUACUGGGCUACGGAACUGGAGCUGUGCUGGCCAACAUUCUAGUUGUGUCUCCAGUGGCAAGUGACCUAAUCCAGCGCACGGUUCUGGUGAGCGGCUCCGCCCUGUCGCCUUGGGCCAUUCAAAAGAAUCCCCUUUUUGUGAAGAGGCGCGUGGCGGAACAGACUGGAUGCCACGGCGACAUGUUGUACGACGACCUGGCCCCCUGCCUCCGCACCAAGAGCGUCGCCGAAUUGCUGGCCGUCAAGGUGGAUCAUCCACGAUUUCUCGUGGGCUUCGCUCCAUUUGUGGACGGCACUGUUAUAUCGCCUGGCGCCAAUCCUUUGGGCAGCACCACAUUGCCCCUUGGAUCAGCUAUUGUUAGUACUUCAGGAAUUGAAUAUGCAAACUUUCCGAAACGAGACCUCAUUUUCUGCCUUACAUCUGUGGAGUCCUAUUUGGAUUUGAGUGCCCAGGACUUGGAGUUCGGCUUCAAUGAGACGCGACGGGAUCGCAUCCUGCGCACUUUUGUGCGAAACAACUUUCACUAUCAUCUGAACGAGAUAUUUGCCGUUCUAAAGAACGAGUACACCGACUGGGAGAAGGCCAUCCGUAAUCCUCUUAGCUCCCGAGACGCCACCCUGCAAUUCCUGAGCGAUGGCCACACGGCCUCGCCGCUGAUUAAGUUGGGCUACAUGCACAGUUUGCGUGGAGGUCGGGCCUACUUUCUGCACUUUAAACACAAGACCAUCGAGGAGGAGUACCCACAGAGAUCCGGCUCCGUGCGCGGCGAAGAUGUGCCUUUUUGGCUGGGUCUGCCAAUGUCCCCGCUCUUUCCGCACAACUACACCACCCAGGAGCGACAAAUCGGUAGACUAAUGCUGCGAUAUCUGUCCAACUUUGCCAAAACUGGCAAUCCGAAUCAAUCCACGGCAAAGUCAGUGCUUCCUAAUCCGAACGAGGUCUUGGAGACUGCACUGCAUCAGCAGAAGAAGCGCUCCACUAGUCUGACUCAUCCCAAUCUCAGUGAGGCCCUCAAUCUGGCAGUGCUCUACAAUCAGCGAAGGAGCAAUGCGAUGCACGAGAAGCGAUCCUACAUACGAAGAAGACUGCGUAGCAAUGAUGCAGCCUUCACCCAGCUGGGAAUCUCUAGUGAACGGGAUGUGGGCAGCUACGAUGGCGAUGAGCUGCCAUUUUGGGAUGCCUACGACGUGGUCAAUCAGCUGUACGUGGAAUUGGGAAACAAGGCCAACAUUCAGAGCCACUACCGUGGUCAUAAGCUGUCCAUGUGGUUGAACCUUAUUCCUCAGCUACAUCGCCAUUUCAACAUCAAUGACCAGUCUAUGCGACACCAUCAGUUCCAGGACGACAUGAACAACAGGGAUCUCUACGAGGGCGUUGUGCGACCACAAUUGCAGACUAAGCCAGCUGAAGAUGAUAACAUCAUCAUCAUGCAGAGGAGCAGAACAACGACGCCACCGCCGCCCUCAAAGAAUCCGAGUACAAAUGCCACGCAAGCCUUAAAUCCGCUUGGCACGGGAACACCUACCACCACAGAGUGCGGCAUCGAUGGAGCCAUGUCCGUAUCGGAACUAACCACCACUCAGUCGCCAAAGGACAAUAGAACUGGAAUAGUGCGCGUGGAGACCCAGAAGGACCUGGCCACCGCGUCGACUGGGAUCAUUGGCAACCUGGAGCUGUUACGCCGUCUGGGAGGCAAGCAGUUUCAAAGCUAUACGACAGCCCUGAUAGCCACCGUGGCCGUGGGCUGCUUCCUGCUAAUCCUGAAUGUCCUGAUCUUCGCGGGCAUUUAUCAUCAGCGCGAGAAGCGAGCGCGAGAUGCGAAGACCAAGGAGGAGCUGCAGGAGGGCGAUAACAGCAAGAACUCCAGCAUCCUGAAGCUCAACGCUCUGAUGGGCGGCGGAGGAGCAUGUGGUUCUGGUCCAGGCGACAUAGCGGAUGCGUAUACCUUGAGCGGCUCCGUGGUGGACAGCAAGGGCGGAGUGGGCGUCGUGUUCGGGGAGUAUAGCUGCUACGAUGAGAAGACCAAGCAGCUGAAGGAAGAGAAGCUGCUGGUGGAACUGCCACCAUCAUCGUCGACGGGCCAGACGUCUUUGAUGAUAGACAAUUGGGGCGCGUGUUCCACGAGCACUUUGGAUCUGUUAAAAACAAAGCCAGGCGAUCCCAUCGAAAUGGUGACCUACAGUGCGCUGCCCUCGGUAAUGGAAUCAACAUCGGCCAUGAGCAGCAAGCGUGGAUCGUUUGUGGACACCACCCUGCAAUUCAACAGUCCGCAGCAAUUCGACUAUGCUGUGCAGUCCUCGGAUCAGAUGUCCUUUAAGGCGAUAGAGGAUGCAGUGAAAGCGGCGGCAGGGCAUGACUCGGAAAUCACGCGGGAUGAUGACAUUCCCGAACCGCCGCCACCACCACGAUCCUUUCUGGCAGCCCAACAGCAACAACAACAGCAGCAGCAGCAGCAGCAAACAGGAAUCCUGCGACAGACAGGAGCAGGUGGCACUUCCACGUCGGGAUCGGCGAGCGGCAGCGGCAAGAAACGUGUACAUAUUCAGGAAAUCUCAGUCUAGCAAUCAUAACCCUUCUAGUAACCAAUUGUGACCCUAGUUUAAUGUUUUUAUCUAGUUAUUUAUGCGUCGAGCUUGUCCAACUGGAGCUUCUCCUACAUCUGAGUCCAAGUUUUAGCCUAUUUCUCAAAAAUUAAUUUUCGUCUAUCUAAUUUUUUAGUUUUAGAAUACUUUUCUUUAAACAACUGACGCGAUUAGUCUGUAAGCUUUCCAGUACCAAAUUCAUAUUCAUGUUAGGUGAGUUCGACUCUUGUUUAGUUAUCAAUUUCUGCUCACUGACCCAAAUAUUUAAAAUAGAAUCAUGUUUCUGUUCUCUGGCAUCAAUGCAAAAAAUCGUUGUAACUAUAUGUAUUACGUAUGUUUGUAUAUUAUGUAAAUGUUCCUUGUAGACGUGAUUGAGAAGAUAAUUGUGUAGGAAUAAUUUUUGAAGUGUUAUCAUUGUGUGUAUAGUUUAUGUUACUUUUUGGUGUACGAUUAGAAAUUCAUAUUUGCUUCUAUUUGCUUGUUAUUUAAUAAUUAGCGAAAUCAAAAUAAUAUGUAACAAGCUUUUAAUGAUUUGUAAAAGAAAACCAGAUAUAAUAACUAUGAUACACAUAUUGUAUUUAAUGUAUUGUAAAAUAUUGACUCUAUUUGUAUGAAAUACAUAUGUAUUACAAAGUAUUCAUAU